AAGACGAGACUGGGUCAAGUCUGAAACCCUAAUUUCCAUUUUCAGUUCAAUUUCUCACUCAAACAAUUCCAGAUCUGCUAUUUCACGUUGCAAUCCAUCAUGCGGCGGGCGACGGAGGAGAUGGACUUUAACUCGGGUGGCGGCGGAGGUGCAGGAAGUGGAGGGAAUGACGUCGAGCUGUUGUCUAAGACGUUACAGGUGGAGCAUAAGCUGUUUUACUUUGAUCUCAAGGAGAACCCACGCGGACGUUACCUAAAGAUAUCGGAGAAGACGUCGGCGACAAGGUCCACCAUAAUUGUACCUUUCAACGGAAUCUCUUGGUUCUUUGAUAUCUUCAAUUACUACGUCACUUCUGAUGACCAAGAUAUUUCUAGCAAGGAACUCCAGCUUGAUAGCAAGGUGUUCUACUUUGAUAUUGGAGAGAACAGGAGGGGUCGGUUUCUGAAGGUAUCUGAAGCUUCAGUUAGCAGGAACCGCAGUACUAUUAUUGUGCCUGCAGGAAGCACCCGAGAUGAAGGAUGGAGUGCAUUCAGGAACAUCUUAGAAGAGAUAAACGAAGCAUCUAAACUCUUUGUUCUGCCCAACCAGCAAAAUUCAGAAGGUAUUGCCCCAGAAAGACUAGUUGGUCUGUCUGAUGAUGUGGGGGCUGGCUUUAUUGCUGGGAACAGUACUCAAUCUGGCCCACCGGCAUCAUCUGACUUGAACUUAGGAGACAGGACUUCUACAUUUGACUUGGCACCUCCAUCUUCCGAUGAAAGUGGUAGUUUUGGGGUCUCCAAAGUUAUCAGGGCCGAUCAGAAGAGGUUCUUCUUUGAUCUUGGAAGCAACAACCGGGGCCAUUACUUGAGAAUAUCUGAGGUUGCAGGUACUGAUCGGUCGUCCAUCAUUCUCCCUUUAUCAGGGCUGAAGCAGUUUCACGAGAUGGUUGGGCAGUUUGUGGAGAUAACAAAAGAUCGUAUCGAGGGGAUGAGUGGUGCAAACGUGCGAAGCGUGGACCCCCCUCAAAGAUAGUCAUGGCUUGGAUGUUCUGAACCGGUGUAUAGAGCAGGCAAGGGUUGUGAUCUUUCUUAGUUUACAUUUAUUUCCAUUAAAAUUUGAAUAAUCCUUCUCCUCCUGGUGAUGCUAAGCUUGAUGAUUCCCAAUACCCAAAACAAGAAGCAAAUAACCAAGAACAGAAUAAGCAAGCAAAGCAAAGGUAGCUAGCUCUAUUUGUUAUUUUUACUUGUUUAUUUCUCCCUUGUUUGCACCUCUCUUCUUCUCAGGAUUUUUGAGUGUUUGUUGUUGGCCUUUAUGGUAAUUUGGAUCAUAUUGUGUUUGGCCAUUCAUUUGUCUUUUGUCAAUCAAUAUAUUUAACUCUUUGCUUCUGCCC